UCGUGGAAACGGUUUGUUGAUGGCGGAUGUCAGAGACGAUUGUUCGAUACGGAAUUGCUUAUAAACAACGUGACGCUAAAAUGAAACUCAAGCGGUUCCUUCUCAGAUAUUAUCCACCGGGGAUAAUCCUGGAAUACGAAAAAGAAGGAUUAUUGAAGACCAAAUCGAUGGACCUGUUGGAUUUGACUCCCGAAACAAACCCAGAUGAGUUGUUGGCAGAGAUCCGUCGGUCAGAACCUCUGGUCACAGAGUCCCGGGCUGAUCAGGUCAAACAGCUGAUCCUUCGCCUUCAGCAGAAACAGGGCCACAAGGACCAGCACGGGUUCUGUUUCUCUAAGAGCCUUAAAGCACACAUACUGCCGCUGACAAAUGUUGCCUUUAACAAAUCAGGGUCACGGUUCAUAACGGGGAGCUAUGACAGGACAUGUCGAGUUUGGGACACAGCCUCAGGAACCGCUGUGCACACUCUGGAGGGCCACAGGAACGUGGUUUAUGCAAUUGCAUUCAACAACCCCUACGGAGACAAGAUUGCCACCGGCUCCUUUGACAAGACGUGCAAACUGUGGUGCGCUGAGACGGGCAAAUGUUUUCAUACCUUUUGCGGUCACACGGCAGAAAUAGUGUGCCUGGCAUUCAACCCCCAGAGCACACUGGUAGCCACAGGUAGCAUGGAUGCCACUGCCAGGCUGUGGGAUGUGGAGACUGGGGAGGAGGUGGCCAAUCUGACUGGUCACACUGCAGAGGUCCUGUCUCUGUGCUUUAACACGGUGGGAAAUCAGCUGGUCACCGGCUCCUUUGACCACACCGUUGCAAUAUGGGAUGUGGCUUCAGGAAGACGUGUCCACAUUCUGACCGGUCACGGAGGGGAGAUCAGCAAUGUUCAGUUUAACUGGGACUGCUCCCUCAUAGUCACAGGCUCCAUGGACAAAACCUGCAAGUUGUGGAAGGCAGUCAGCGGGAAGUGUGUGGCCACCAUGGCUGGGCACAGAGAGGAGGUGCUGGAUGUGUGUUUUGAUCUGAGGGGCCAGCUCAUUGCCUCCGCGUCUGCCGAUGGUACAGCGAGAGUGUUCAGUUCUACCACACAUCAGUGUCUUGUGACCCUGGAGGGCCAUGAUGGAGAGAUCUCCAAGCGUGUAGCUACAUCUCUCCUGGCCAUGACUAUCUGUUUCAGCCCCCAAGGCAGCAGGAUCCUGACUGCCGGCUCCGACAGGACGGCCCGUCUGUGGGACGUUCAGUCCGGAGUCUGCCUACAAGUCCUGCAGGGGCACACCGACGAGAUCUUCUCCUGCGUCUUCAACUACGAGGGGGACACUAUCAUUACAGGAAGCAAGGAUAACACAUGCCGGAUCUGGUACUGACCCCCUCAGAGGAUGAGGGGGGCAUAUACAGUACAUGGACACAACAGUUCACCAUGUGUAUAUCACUGUGUGGAAGUCCCUUUGAGGUAAAAGAGAGUUCUAAAAAAAAAGGGCUAUAAGGAGGCAAUUAGUUGAGCUUAGCAUGCAGACUUAGAGCAGCAGAACACACAAACCUCGCUCUGUUUGAGUUCAAAACUACGCCUACCGGCCUAUUCUGCCUCACCUUCAUGAGCCCAUUAUCAGCUAACAACUUCUUCUGAUAUUUUUGUUUACACUGUUUGUACGCAUCUGCGAUGCACACAAAACAUUGUUUUCUGAAAGCACAAUAAAAUGAUGUUUUUUCCAUCAACAUAGCUGCUGGUUUAUAACCAGUUUAUAACCAGUUCAUUCAAGUGUUGAGUUGCCUUUCUGCUGAAUGUUACAAAGUGAUCAACUGUGCUGGUAUUUCACAUCACAGCAAUUUAUUGAUGUCAAAAGAUAAAUACAUUCAGUUCUACCGUGACAGUUUACAGCUGAAUUGUGUGCUUACCCCCCCCUCCCCCUCAUCCCCCUCCCCCAACACUAGUGAACCACUCAGUAGAGAAAUGAACAGACCUAUUUCACGUACAAAUUUGACAUUACAAACCUCACUGCGUCGUCCUGACAUAGUAAAAGCUAAAAAGAGCUGUCCACUACUCCAAGGUGCAGAAGUUCCAAAUCUACAGUAUAUACAGCACAGCUAUCCAAAAUAAUCAGUUCCAAAGUAACAGGAAUAAGAUAACAUACUUACUUAGAACUGAAUUUCAAAGUCACAACAGAGGUGGGUACGUCGGCCGAUGGACACAACACAGAUAUGGACAUUUCGCUUUUUGUCAAGCAAAUGUGCACUUUUAAGUCAGUAGGAGGUGAAACAACUUUU